GUCCGACGGCCAUAUUGACUGCCUGCACCUCCUCCUCUCUUCCCUGCGGUGAAACUGGCUCAGUCGCUUCAUACAUUUCCCUGUAUACCGAGGCUGGGAAAUACCCGGGUGUCUAACGGGAAACAAACCGGUCUAUUUUGGUAGCGUAGGAUAUAAAGUAGUGUACAGUGGGCCCGGGGAAGACAGUUUACCGUUUUCUGAACGCAGUCCGUAAACUGAGGCGGUAGAUCCCAGGGUGAGGCAACAAGGCGGAGGACGAUUUCUUAGCAUUUUCUCAGCUGAAGGGCAAGGCCGGAGAGAGGACAAAGAUGCCUAAACCGAUCAAUGUGCGGGUCACCACCAUGGAUGCAGAGCUGGAGUUUGCCAUCCAGCCCAACACCACCGGCAAACAGCUUUUUGACCAGGUGGUGAAGACAGUGGGUCUCCGGGAGGUGUGGUUUUUUGGCCUGCAGUACACAGACAGUAAAGACUACAGCACGUGGCUCAAACUCAAUAAGAAGGUGACGCAGCAAGAUGUGAAGAAGGAGAACCCUCUGCAGUUUAAGUUCAGAGCCAAGUUCUUCCCUGAGGACGUGUCUGAGGAGCUCAUCCAGGAGAUCACACAGAGACUCUUCUUCCUGCAGGUGAAGGAGGCCAUCCUGAACGAUGAGAACUACUGUCCUCCAGAGACUGCCGUGUUGCUGGCCUCCUACUCUGUCCAGGCCAAGUAUGCAGACUACAACAGAGACAUCCACAAGCCUGGUUACCUCACCUCCGACCGCCUGCUGCCACAGAGAGUGUUGGAGCAGCACAAGUUGACUAAGGAGCAAUGGGAGGACAGAAUACAGACCUGGCACGAGGAACACACAGGCAUGCUCAGAGAGGACUCAAUGAUGGAGUAUCUGAAGAUAGCCCAGGACCUGGAGAUGUAUGGAGUCAACUACUUUGAGAUCAAGAACAAGAAGGGAACUGAGUUGUGGCUGGGUGUGGAUGCACUGGGACUCAAUAUCUACGAACACGAGGACAAGUUGACACCAAAGAUUGGCUUCCCCUGGAGCGAGAUCAGAAACAUCUCCUUCAACGACAAGAAGUUUGUCAUCAAACCCAUCGACAAGAAAGCCCCAGUAAGUCAGUCUACCAGGAAGGUAGGGGAUCAGUCUACCGGGAAGGACUUUGUAUUCUACGCGCCACGGUUGCGGAUCAACAAGCGUAUCCUGGCGCUGUGCAUGGGGAACCACGAGCUGUACAUGAGGAGGAGGAAGCCUGACACCAUCGAGGUGCAGCAGAUGAAGGCCCAGGCCCGAGAGGAGAAACACCAUAAACAGAUGGAGAGAGCUCAGCUAGAAAACGAGAAGAAAAAACGAGAGCACGCAGAGAAAGAGAGGGAGAAGAUAGAGAAAGAGAAGGACGAGCUGAUCGAGAGACUCAGACAGAUUGAGGGACAGACGCUAAAGGCCCAGAAAGAGCUGGAAGAGCAGACACGCAGGGCCCUGGAGUUGGACCAGGAGAGGAAGAGAGCAAAGGAGGAGGCAGAGAGGUUGGAGAGAGAGAGACAGGCAGCAGAGGAGGCCAAGGCAGCGCUGGUUAAACAGGCUGCUGACCAGAUGAAGAACCAGGAACAACUGGCCGCUGAGCUAGGAGAAUUCACCGCCAAAAUCGCUCUGCUUGAAGAGGCCAAGAGGAAAAAAGAAGAUGAAGCGACAGAAUGGCAACACAAAGCCAUCUCAGCCCAGGAGGACCUGGAGAAGACUAAAGAGGAGCUGAAGUCUGUGAUGUCAUCACCCCCGGCGCCAGAGCAGGAUGAGCAGGAUGAGACAAAUGCUGAGGGCAGCACCGAGCUGCACAGUGAUGGGGUCACCAGCCACCGCAGAGAGGAGGAACGUGUCACAGAGGCCCAGAAGAACGAACGCGUCAAGGAACAGCUGCAGGCUCUGAGUUCAGAGUUGGCCCAGGCGAGGGACGACACCAAGAAGACCCAGAAUGACAUGCUUCAUGCGGAGAACGUGAAGGCUGGGAGGGACAAGUACAAGACCCUGCGUCAGAUCCGCCAGGGCAACACCAAGCAGCGCAUCGACGAGUUCGAGUCCAUGUGAGAGACCUCGCCCUCCCACCCUUGCAUUGCCACGACAACGGCUCACUUUUGUGUACAGCCGAACCUGCCCGUUCCCGUCUCAUUCCCCCAAAUCCUUACCUUCAAAAAGGCCAGUUGUGUGGAUCCAAUGUCCCGCCAACUAUGCCUUGCCAAAGCUCUGCCUACUAGCGGUUGGCCAAUCAAACUGCUCCAUGCUUAGAGUUCUGCCCAACCACGUCUGGAAUCGCCUAAUCUGGAAUGGCAAGCAACAAACUGUCAAAACGAACUUCUCCAUGAGCAAAGGAUAAUUUAAUGCUUGCAUGUCUGAUGUAAGAAUGGAUAAAAAAAAGAGAAUGGAUAGAGAAAUUGGUUGAUAUCUUGCUUUUAUUGAGAGAGAAAAAUAGCAAUUUGUAGCUUUUUGAUGUUGCUGGCAAGCUUGUAUGUAAAGCUUUAAAUAACGUACCUUUUUUGUUUGCCAUCAGUUGAAGAAUUUAAAUAGUUUAAUUUUUUAACAAAACAGCCUUAUGUCUGAUUUCAUUUCCAUCAUUUCAUUUUGGCUUCAUAUUUAACUUUGGUGAGUUAGCUGUGCUCUAGUCAGUCAUGGGUCAGCUGAUGUUGAACCAGUGGUUUAAUUCCUCCAGAAUUUGGCAACAGCGUUUUAUCUGUCCCUUCUGACCUAUACCUUUGUGUCAUUUUAUCAUCCAUUGAAGCAUUUACCAUUUAUUUAUUUUGGUUAACAAUAAAGAUUCCAUGUAUA